CAAGAUCCCGCCUAGAGGGUUAGAAAAUGUUUUUGAUAGGGUAGCAUGGCAUACCUGAUUUGUCCACAAAAAUGUUGAUUGGUUGAAUGGGGGGAAACUCAUCAGAAUAUUUUUGUCGUCCCUCUGUUCCACUCCUGGUGGUCGUGGUAGAAUAUGGCAAUGCAUAUGGCUAGUUGUUGUAUCAAUCAAAAUGAUAGACGGUUAAGAACAAACCGAUUGGAUACGCAGAUUGUCUGGCAAGCUCGUGUAUGUAAACUGUCGCGUGUGCUGUUGAGUCUGCGCUGAAGGAAAGAGGAGGGCCUUGAAGACAGUGUUUUUAUUUAUUUCUUUGUUUCAGUGGAAAAAACAAUAACAACGAUAGUUGCAUUACUUGAAAUCCUUCCUUAGUAGUUACACUCAACCAAGAAAGAAAACUGGAAAAUACAACAGUAAGAAUUAAAAAGCCAAAGCGAAGGAGGGGAGGAUGAAGCGGCGCAAUGCGGACUGCAGCAAACUCCGACGGCCGUUGAAACGGAACCGAAUAACCGAGGGUAUAUACGGCAGUACGUUCCUGUACCUGAAGUUCCUGGUGGUGUGGGGGCUGGUGUUGCUGGCAGACUUUGUGCUCGACUUCAGGUUUGAGUACCUGUGGCCCUUCUGGCUCUUCAUCCGGAGUGUAUACGACUCCUUCCGCUACCAGGGCCUGGCGUUUUCAGUGUUCUUUGUGUGUGUGGCGUUUACAUCAGAUAUCAUUUGCCUGCUCUUCAUUCCUGUGCAGUGGCUCUUCUUCGCAGCCAGCACCUACGUCUGGGUGCAGUACGUGUGGCAUACAGAAAGAGGAGUGUGUCUCCCAACAGUAUCGCUAUGGAUACUUUUUGUAUAUAUAGAGGCAGCUAUCAGAUUCAAGGAUCUGAAAAACUUCCAUGUGGACCUGUGCCGUCCAUUUGCGGCACACUGUAUUGGCUACCCAGUGGUGACGCUGGGCUUUGGCUUCAAGAGUUACGUGAGCUACAAAAUGCGUGUGCGCAAGCAGAAGGAGGUGCAGAAGGAGAAUGAGUUCUACAUGCAGCUCCUCCAGCAGGCCCUGCCACCAGAACAGCAGCUGCUCCAGAGGCAGGAGAGGGAAGCCGAGGAAGCUGCAGCCGCCAAAGGGAUGUCCGAGGACUCCCAGACGCCCGUAUCCCAGAACGGAGGCCCCGCCAUGGGCAAGAAGCCGUCCUCGGGGCCCCUGCCCGAGCUGGAGUACCGGGAGAAGGGGCGCAAGGGCCAAGGGUCGUCGGGGGCCCAACAGAGCGGCGACAGCAGCAGCAGCAGCAGCAGCAGCUCCAGCAAGGAGCCGGAGUACAUGGAGACGCAGCCCAACGGCAACAGCAAGAGACUGAGCCACAGCGACAGUGCCGAGAACCUGCUGCUCAAGGAGGAGAGCUCCUUCUCAUCCUGUUGCUCGUCCUCUUCCUCGUCCAACUGCAACGCCAAGAACCAGAAGAACGCCAGCGUGGCGGCGGGCAACUCCUCGCCCCGGGGGCACGGCACGGCCAACGGGAGCGUGCCGUCCUCGGCCCAGCAGCCCUCAGCCUCGGGCAAGGGCGACAAGAAGCAAAGGAGUGGUGGGGGCAAGAACGCCUCAGCGUGCCACAACAAAGACACACUGGAGAACUGCAUCCCCAACAACCAACUCAGCAAACCAGAGGCACUGCUGAGGCUGGAGCAGGACGUGAAGCGUCUGAAGGCAGAGCUGCAGGCCAGCCGUCAGGUGGAGCAGGACCUGCGCAGUCAGCUGGGGGCUCUGGGCAGCGCCGAGAGGAGUGUGCGCUCCGAGCUCGGACAGCUGCGACAGGAGAACGAGGUCCUACAGAACAAGCUGCACAGUGCGGUGCAGGGGAAGCAGAAGGAGCGGCAGGUGCUGGGCUCGCUGGAGCGGAGGCUGAAGCAGGAGCAGGAGGCGCGGGCAGCUGCUGAGAAACAGCUGGCCGACGAGAGGAAGCGCAAGAAGCUGGAGGAGGCCUCAGCUGCCCGCGCUGUUGCGCUCGCUGCCGCCUCACGAGGGGAGUGCACAGACUCCUUGCGGAGGCGAAUCUUGGAGCUGGAGACAGAGUGCAAGAAACUCAGCAAAGACCUGAAACAGAAAGAGGAGCAGAUCCACGAGCUGGAGCUCACAGUGCAGGAGCUGCACAAGUAUAAGGAGAAUGAGAAGGACACGGAGGUGCUGAUGUCGGCGCUUUCGGCGAUGCAGGAGAAGACCCAGCACCUGGAGAACAGCCUGAGCGCCGAGACGCGCAUCAAGCUCGACCUCUUCUCUGCGCUGGGCGACGCCAAGAGGCAGCUGGAGAUUGCACAAGGUCAGAUCCUGCAGAAGGAACAGGAGAUCGCCGACCUGAAGCAGAAGAUCGCCGAGGUGAUGGCGGUCAUGCCCAGCCUGGCCUACUCCGCAGACACCAGCAGCAUGAGCCCUGUGGCGCCGCACUACUCCUCCAAGUUCAUGGACACCACCCCGUCCGGACUGGACCCCAACGCCUCUGUCUACCAGCCCCUCAAGAAGUGACCGACCGGCCUCCUUCUCACCGUCCCUCUCCCACUCUCUCUGUUUCUCUUUUUCUUUUUCUCUUUCUUUUUCUCUUUCUCUCUCUGUUUCUCUUUUUCUUUUUCUCUUUCUUUUUCUCUUUCUCUCUCUGUUUCUCUUUUUCUCUUUCUCUUUCUCUUUCUCUUUCUCUCUGCCAGAACCAGUGGAACUCUGCAUGUCUGCGGCUUAGAAUGUUCUCUAUCUCUCUUUUACUCCUCCUCAUCCCUUUCUCUUUUGUUUUUCUCUUCCUCCGUGGCUCUUCCCCUUCUAACCACCCCCUCUCCAUCUGGCCGGCGCAGCAGAAGGAUGUCGUGUUGUGUGACUGUAUUUGUCGUAGUAAAAACAAAAACUCAAAAGACACAAAAAAGAGACUUCAAGUGAUGGUCAACUCAAGUCUGGAAACCUCACAGAAACGACGUUCCAUCUUACAUUUAAGCAUAAGGAAAGGCCCCCCCCCCCAAAAAAAAAAGCCUUUUCUUGUCAGUCUUUUUCUCCUCAGCUUCACUCAAUCCAUUGGAGUUUAGCUGUAGAUUGAGUAUGGUUAUAUUGAGGGGGUUGUUGUCCAUCGUCAACACUCGAAUUCUACUUACAUGCUGGUCCUGGCUCAACAAAAGUCAUCUGCAAAAAAAAAAAUGUCACCACCAGUGGCAACAAAGGAAUGUAAUAAAUUGUGGACUCGCUCUGUGAUAGAACUCCAUGUCUUGUUUGAAUCUCAAGAACAGGAGGAAACCCUUGUCUCUAAGCACCCCCUGCUGCGAUGAACAGGUUUUGGUUACAUGAUAUGUCAGCCUUCAGUUUAUUUGGAGCUCAGAUGGAAAUGUUCCCAGAUUAAAAAAAAUAAAUCCAGCAGAGUGAAAUUUUCUUUUAAAAAGAGCAUAAAUGCAAGCCUGUUCAGUCCCUUAAACUAUUAAAUCAUCCCCCCCUCCCCCUAAGCUCUGCCCCUUGUGUUCAGGUCAAACAUCCCUCAAAUUAAAACUGAUCAGUGCCUUGAGAUAGCAGCUCAUUGAUGGACUGGACUCCCUUGCCCAGCCAGGGUUGUCAGUGUUGGGUGUGCUCACCAGAGUCAGCUGCACUCUGUCUCUUCGAUUGAACAGGUGUGAGAGAGCUACAUUUGGUUAGCCAAUGGGCAGCUGGCUGAGGGCUGGUUACAUAGAGGCCUAGCUGAAGUCUUUGGUGGGUCAUUUGCAGAACUGGAGCACUCACUGGAAGUUUCUGUUGAGAGCUGUAGCGGUCAUGGCAAAGUGACCUGCACAAGGCCUUCAGGCUUGGUUAGUCAGGGCCUUCAUGCGCUUCAGUCUGUUGGUAUUGGCCUCUUUAUAGAAGUCUCGCAGUCAUGUUUCCAAUCAAGAGAUAGAACAGCCCUGACCUUGGUGAAUGCUGUACGCCCCUGGCAAUGUCACUCCUUUAUAGCAGUCCCAGGAACCAAAUCACAUGAGAAGCUACCUGCUGCCACAGCAACACUCCUGGUCAGACUGGCCCAGUGGUUUACUUCAUUCAAGUUGAUAUCAAUGUUGUAAUGAGUUAAGGACAUUUCAUAAUUGGACAGCAUAUGAGCAAGGAGGGAAUUGCCCACAUUAUUCAGGCCUGUUGAAUGACUAGUUGUUCUGUUGAUUAAUCCAUUAUUAUUCUGUUUUCAUAUGGCAGUGUUAUGACACAAUACCUGACCACAGUCCUUGCCACAACCAAAGCUUGUUGUGAUUUUUCAUGGAGGACUUUUGGGUUUCAGUGGCCCAGGCGCAUCCCUGUGGAAAGGACCGACUCUGGCUCAUGUUUAACGUCCUCCCCCGGCAGCAAAAGGUUCAUUCGGAUGUGUCCUGUCUAAAAACGUUCUGCCAUGGUGGAGCCAUGACAGUGCAUCACUGAUCCUAGUGAACUCAGGAGGAAUGUCACUGUAUUUUCAUUUUGCUCAAGACAAUAAGUAUUAGUGAUCCAGUAUGUUGAGGCCACAAAGUUAACCUGUUCUGCUUAAUGUUUAUGUCCCCUCCCGCAGGGCUUAGAUUGAUUGAUGGAUUUAUGUGAUUUUUGCUGUCAUUUCAUGUGGUUGGUUCUUUUGAGUGUUUACGUGGUAUGCUGGACAAACAGAUUUUCUUUUUUUUUAAGUGCAGAUGACAAUGGUUCCUGUGUUUGGAAAUAAUGGGAAAAGGUCAGUCAGCUGAACGUUUAAUGGGAAAAACAUUUUUUUUUUUUUUUUUUUGCCCUUGGUCGCUUCUUGCUCUGUCUCUUUCCUCCAGUCUGGAUCUCAGUUGUGGUCCCUUUCUGUGAGGUUUUCAAGGGAUUAAAGAAGGGUUUUCUUGCA